AUGGAGGCACAUGUGACAGUCAUCGAUUAUCCAAUGGCGUCACUGAAAGUGAAGAAGGGAUCCCUACUCAUUGAUUCCAGCACCAUUGAUCCAGGUGUCUCCAAGGAAAUGGCAGUUGCCACAGAGAAACUGGGAGCUGUUUUCAUGGAUGCCCCAGUGUCUGGAGGUGUUGGUGCUGCCACUUCAGGUAAACUCACCUUUAUGGUUGGUGGGCUAGAGGUGGAAUUCAAUGCAGCCAAGGAGCUUCUGAGCUGUAUGGGUGCUAAUGUGGUGUACUGUGGCCAAGUUGGCACCGGACAGGCAGCUAAAAUCUGCAACAAUAUGCUGCUGGCCAUUGGGAUGAUUGGAACAGCAGAGACCAUGAACUUGGGAAUCAGAUUAGGGCUUGACCCAAAACUUCUGGCGACGAUCUUGAACAUGAGCUCUGGCCGCUGCUGGUCAAGUGACACAUACAACCCUGUCCCGGGAGUUAUGGAGGGAGUGCCCUCGGCAAACAACUACCAGGGUGGCUUCGGAACUACACUAAUGGCCAAGGAUCUGGGACUUGCUCAGAAUACAGCAACUAACACAAAGACACCAGUGCCGUUGGGCUCUCUGGCCCAUCAGAUUUACCGCAUGAUGUGCGCACGCGGCUACGCCAGCAAGGACUUCUCAUCUGUCUUCCAGUUCCUUCGAGAAGAGGAGGGCCAGUAGACGGCAACACUCUCUGUCCCUUCCAAAGCCUUACCCAGCACUGCCUGCCUUUCACAUGACCCGACAUGCAAAACUUUGACCCAACUAUGUGAUUUCAUUGGCAUGUGUGUGCUGGGAGCCAUAAAUGAGUGAGUGAGCACAUAUGUAGAUUGGAUGGUAGUGAGAAAGGUGUGUGUGUAAUGUUUGAGGCUGUGAGUUCCUGUUGGAAUCAUGUUACUUUUGUGAGUCCACUCAUGUACAAUUAGUAAUCCACCAAUCAAUUGAUGAGAUGCUGUGAAUUAAAUUUGUUCAGAUUUUUUUUUCUUGCCUUCGUUGCUGUUCUGUAGGCUAACAAAAAUUUAUAAUUUCAUUCUCUCAAACCACAAACCCGCAAGACUCAGAUCAGCCUUUACACUCCUUUUCUUUGCAUAUGUACAAUUUUAGUUUUUAUGUAUUUAAUGUAUCUGUUGAGUCUAAUUUGCUGGGGCCUAGUCUUGGCAAUUGUUAAUGGUGUUGGAUCUACAUAUAAACACCUGGAAAUUAAAGCAGGAAAUAUCUGUAGCUUUGAUGUUAAGACUGUAGCAUGUUGAUACAUGUUUAUUACACCUAUUUUUCAGUUCUACACAAACCUGGAAACUGAAGUGGUAUUGUAAGGGUACUAAGCAUGGUUUACAAUUGUAUAGGUAAUCCUGAUGAAUGCGGUUAACCAGUUAAAAUUAUGCAACAAAGCACAUAUUUUUACUUGGUCUCCUCCCUCUCUUCAAGGUCAAGCAGUGGAAUGUUUUUUGAUGCUUCUUUAUGAAGCCUCACCUUGAAUUCAGUGGCAUGUAACAUGCACAAUAAAGAUGACUCAUCAACA